AUGUUUGCUUGCGCAGGCAAAUCGUGGGUGCAAUGCAAAACUCAAUUUCAUGGUUCGUACACUCUUGAUGCAGCCAAAGAAUUUACGCUGUCACCAACCGGAGACCAAGAGUUCCGAUGCCACAUUUCCCCGGUGACGCAGAGGAGCCCCCUCGGCCGAAGAGUUACGGUCAACGGAGAUACGAGUAACUCUCGUAUUGUAGUGCGCAGAUGGCAUUCCUACAAGCAUUUUGCUUGA